CUGGAGAGUCUUAAGGAAGUCCCAAGAUGCCCAUCCUCAAACAGCUCGUAACAACGUCGUCCCAGUCCAAGCGCCGAUCCCGGAUGGACCUAACACCGGAGAUGAUCAGCGCCCCGCUGGGGGACUUCCGUCAUACGAUGCACGUGGGCCGGAGCGGCGAUGCCUUUGGGGACACGUCCUUUCUUGGCACGCGGACAGGAGAGCCCCCUAGGGACGGCGGAAUGCAACCGCGCUCCCCGAAGCUCAGCCUCCUGUCCCGGACAUUCCGGAAUAGCCGGCGGUCGCAAUCGGUGACUCGAGUGGACCGGCAAAACGAGGUACUGACUCCCCCCGGAGGCUCACCACUCCUUGUGAAGAGCGCCAUGUCCCUACCCUAUCUCAACGACAGGAACAGGAGCCGGGGGGACACCCCGGUGACCCACAGCCUCUCGUCCAGUCCCCUGAAGCAGCAGGACAGCGGGGCAGCCAAUGGCGCCACAGCAGCCGGUGUUUCCCAGGACCCGGAACUGGAGGAGAAGCACUUUGGGGAGCUGACAGAGCUGCCUACUACCCCCCUCCGCAGUGCCGGCCUGAAACACGCCGUGUCCGUCCUGUCCUUCCACGUGGACCUCGGCCCCUCCAUGCUGGGGGACAUCCUGGGUGUGAUGGAGAGGGAGGAAGAUGACCUCGGGUAUGAGGAGGGUGGAAAUAGUGAGGACAGGGGCUCGCCCUUGCUUGUUGCUUCUGGACAGGGAGAGGAGGAGGAGGAGGAAGAGGAGGAGGUGAAGGAGGCGAGGAUGGUGUUUCAGCAGCUUCCGGUUCAGCUCUCCUCUUCUGUGGAUCUGGAGAACCAGAGCGUCGGCUCCAGCACCCCAGAAACAUCUGCCCGACACCCAGAGCACCUAGACAGCUGCUCUGUCUCCAGCUCAGGCUCCGCUGCCAUGGAGGAGAAAGUACCCCACCUGCUGCCAGGAGGGGAUUCAGACAGCGCCACCUUCAGUUCCCCGCAGGUAGGAGAGGAGAGCUUCUUCAUGGAUGAAGAGGAGGAUGAGAUUCGCGUGUAAGAUGGCCUCGAGACCCGAGGAGCGAACAGGAGCAGGGUGAACCUUCUGGGGAGGAUGUUGGAUCAAGGCUCAUAUUCCACUGCGGAUCUGGUCCUGAUGGACAGGCUUCAGUCCACAUCAGAGAACUCCGUUCAGCUCACAUACUCGACCAGCUGAAAUUAGAUGAGCUCAAUGUAAAGGAUGAAUGUGGAUCAGAACCCUCUGGAUCAUCUUUGCGAACACCUCUGCCCUUCGUAUGGAGACCUCCUGACCUGCGUAUCCAGCAUGGCUUGGGGAAUUAGUACCAGACUUCCGGAUCCUUUUUACACUGACCCAUGGAGAUGUAGCAGGGAUACUUCUGGGCCUUUAAAGAGUGCCAUUGCCGUCCUACUGAUGGUGUCACAGAGAAGAAUAGAUGGUCCUGCUUUUGAUGGAGACAUUGGGCCUCAGCAGACACCUUUUUCAUUUGCAGACACCGCUCCCCCGCUCCCCUCCUUUACAUCUUGGCAAACAGGAAACCCCAUUUAGGUUUCGCUAAAACCUCAGCAGGUGCCAGAGUUUUAAAUUUCCGCUGUUUGUGUUGCCUGUUAGACCAAACUGAUGAAUUCUGGGAUGAGUUUCUCGGUCAUUUUGCCCUAGAUCUGCAGCUUUGUGUUUCAGUCACCUUGUGCUAAUCAGGCUAUUGAUUCACACAAUUAGGUACUCACUACUUUUUCCAUUUAAUUCUAUUUAGUAAUAACUUUUAAGUUUGUUCUUUUAAUUCUAUUUAGCAAUAGUAAUCUUUUUAAUGUUUCUCCAUGCAAAUAUUUUAUAAAUAAUUUUCCAGCUGUUCUGUUUAAAUCUUUCAUACUGUCUGACCACUUCCUCACUUGAUCAUGUGACAGGAAGUACAAGAGGAAAGCUUUUUUUUCUUAGUAAUUUAUCAGGAGAGACACCAAAUGCAUUCUGGGAAUGUGAGUCUUGUAUUCUAUCUCAUUCAUAUUCCAUGUUGUGCUGUGAAGGGACAGAGAGAAUUUGCCAAAUGACUUUUCAUGAAGUUUUCCAGCAACUUCUCAGCUCUCUGAUGUUUCCUGGGGGGGGAUAUCGGCCCCCUGCUUGGAUUGAGGUCUCUGUGGACAAAAGGGACCGUAAUCUGACUGUAUUCCAGGCUGUAAUUCCGCACAUUGGUCACAGAUUGAAUGUUUUGCACUCAGCGCUGAGAUGCAGAGGUCUCACCUGAUUUAAUGUCAUCGUGAAUCAUGUGAUUCCUGUGCUCCGUGAUAACACUAUAUGACACCCUUUUGUACAGUUAAAUAAUGAGCAGUUUAGUCUAUUUUGUGUUAUUUUACAUUUUCAAUUACAAUAGCAGACAUCAUGAAUUAAGGUCAACAAAAUGAAGAAUUAUCAAUGGAAUCCCCCCCCCCCCCUCGUUUUAUAUUAAAGUGCUUCUUCCAGCUUC